AUGAGAAGAAGAAGAAGAAGAAAAAGAAGACGAAUUUCUAUCGCGUCUCUGAAAAUAUUUGAAGAGGAAACAUCGUCAUCAUCAUCAGAAGAAGAAGAAGAAGAAGAAGAAGCGUUUUUGGAAUCUGGAUUCGAGGUUUCCCUCGGGGUGUGCGUUUUCUCAAAAUCAUCAUCAUCAUCGCGCGAUGAUGUCGACGACGCGUUCGUCACAGACAGGACGGGAACACCAUCAUCAUCAUCGGUAGAAGAAGAUGAAGAUGAGAAAGAGGAGGAAGACGAAUUCGUCGUGCGACUGUCGUACGCGUUCGAUAUUUCGAACGCGCUCGUUCGCUCGCGACUCGGUAGAACGAACGACAAAGAGAAUGAUGAUAACAACGAAGAAGACAAAGACGAAGAAGAAGCACUAAAAACGAUGGUGUUUACGCUCAAGGAAGAACGGUUUACGUGCGAGCAAAAAGGAAACAGCGACAAUGGUAUUACACUGUCCGUGGAUGCUCGCGAGAUGCAAAAAAUACUCGAGCGAGUGCCUUUACGCGUGAAGGAAAAUACCGCGUGCGUUUUCGUCGAGACGAUGAAACCGCGCGAAGACGAUACUCCUACGAAGACUCCGAAUACUCGCGAUGAUACGACGAAGAAAUACAUCGUAGACGACCGCGUGACGGUCGUGGCGAAACAUUUCAGGUGCGAAGAGACCGGAAAGUUGAAAAGACAGUUCGUGAACCCGUUCGUUUGA